AUGUCAAAAAUCAUUCUUCUCCUAAUUUUUCUGCCAAUUUUCACAAUCUCCAUCGAUCCAGAAGCUCAAAAAGCCGCGCAACUUUUCGCGCGCCAAUUUGUGCACACCACCGAAAAAUGGGGACUCAACGAGACUGGCGAAUUUUUCACCAACGAUUUCAGAUAUUUUGGAACUGGCGGUAAAACUCAUGAAUUGGCUUAUUUUCUCACUUUGCUAGAUGAUAUUGGAGUUGGAAUAUUUUUUCAUGGAGUUUAUUAUUCGGCUUUUAUCGAAUUGCAAAAGCUUCAAAUGCUAUCGAAAAUUGGAAAUCGGGUUUAUAUUAUGGAAUUGAAAAAAGCACCGUAUGCUUCAUCGAAAUAUCGAUUGAUGACUGUUAAUUAUUAUAUUCUUUCCGGUGACAAAUAA